GCCUCCACAUCACCCCCCCUCCCUUUUGCACAGUACAGGACUAAGCACUAUGGCAGACAGAGCAAGAACAGCUACCGUCUCUCGUAAGACGAAUGAGACUGACAUUCACAUCACUUUGGCCAUGGACAGUGCAGGAGCUCAGUCCAUUGACAUUGACUCUGGCAUUGGUUUCCUUGACCAUAUGUACCAUGCUCUAGCAAAGCACUCGAGUUGGUCUCUGUCACUGAAGUGUAAGGGUGAUCUUCACAUCGAUGAUCAUCACACUGCCGAAGAUACUGCCAUUGCCCUUGGAAUGGCUUUCAAGCAGGCCCUUGGUGAGCCCCGUGGAAUUAAGCGAUUUGGAUCCGCUUAUUGUCCUCUAGACGAGGCAUUAUCAAGGGCUGUAGUUGAUAUCUCUGGACGGCCCUUUGCGGAUAUUAAUCUCGGCCUCAAAAGAGAAAAGAUUGGAGCAUUGUCUUGUGAGAUGAUCCCCCAUGUCUUGGAAUCGUUUGCUCAGGCUGCAGGAAUCACUCUUCAUGUGGAUGUUUUAAAGGGUUUCAAUGACCAUCACAGAGCGGAGAGUGCCUUCAAGGCAUUGGCAGUUGCUCUGAAGAAUGCUAUCGAAAGAACAGGAACAAAUGAUGUACCUAGUACCAAAGGAGUACUUUAA